UCAGAGUAAGGCUAGGCAGCCUUGUUGUUCUGAUCCAUAUCACUGAUCAGCAAUGCGUGAUGACGUGGUACGAUUUUGUCAGUGUCAGGCUGAUAAAACCUGCCGUCUAUUGAGAUACGAAGAUACAUAGCCUUAACGACAGACUUCUCUGGCUCAACCUUAGAACGCAUCGAUACCACGCUAAAGACACCGCAUUCCGUUCCUAAUGGAGCACCUUUUCUUCCAGGUUGAUGAGAAUGACCCUUCCGAAUUCCGUACAGCUUAUCACAGCGAAACGCUGUCGAUUGAUUGGUCCCUAUGCGACCAGAGAACCCUUAUGAGGCACGUCGUCCCUCUAACACCUUGGCUCGGAUUCAAACACGACGAUGUUCCCUUAGCGCAAUCUUUAUCUCAAUACCCUGGCUAUUCUGGCUGGAAAGUAGAAAAGAUAUGGAUUGGAGAGCUUCGUGAGGCGCAUGAAGGCCUCGCCCUAUCACCCGCCGCCACCAUCGCUAAGCACACAGCCUCAUUCCUUCAGGCCUGGUUGUACUAUGGACUCCUUGAAUCAGUGUUGGGAAAGAAGAUCAAAAUCUCAUACAUGAUGAGACCCAACGAGAACGAUGAAGAGUUGCUCUACAGUCGCAAUCUUCAUUUUUGCCUUCGACAGAUCGUACAUAAAUGGAGACUGGCCGAUGAAGCGACAAAACGAGACAUGAACUCGCAUAUAACCAAAGAGCUUCGCUUAGUUGAGACAUGGAUAUCCAGACUCGCCGCAUGGAGCCAAGAAUCCAUAAGGACCAGGAGAGAUAUCCAAUACCCUGGCUUCGUUGACCUUGUAGCUCAAGUCCUACCUGCUAUUGUUCGGCUAGCGGAAGGGAUAAUUGAGACUGCAAUCUACGCAUACAAAGGCAUGUUCGUCGAGAACAUAUCCGGUUGGCAAAUUCCAGAUAGCGUGGCGGUUGCGAGGCGACGAAAAAUGCGCGAGGCGCAAUGGUGUGACUUCCAGAUAAGGCUCUUGGAAGAAACCACCAACGAAAGUACAAUGGAAUGGUGUAUCAACCAAGACAUAAAACAAGAUCCCACAGGCCACGAUGAAUGCACACCACUACAAUGUUUCAGGAAUAACGUUCCCCCAGGAACCAACCCCCAGCAACAUCGCGAUCCGAGAUGCCAAUGCUCUCCUCUAAUGCCAGACCUGCUCGAGCUUGAACGCAUUCUUCUUGCAGGCGGGAUUCCACUUGUAUCAGUCUCAUCUCGGGACGCAAAAAUGGAGCUGAUUGUGCACGCGUACUCGCAGGCCGAUCCUCAUGACUACACCGCCAUUUCUCAUGUUUGGGUCGACGGCAUGGGAGGACUACCAGUUCAAGGACUUCUCGAGUGUCAGGUUCGAUGGCUCGACAAAAUAGUCGCUCAAUUGCCUCAAUCUACUGGAGGAAAGAUGUUCUGGAUCGACACCUUGUGUAUACCCAGAACUGAGACGGUGUACUACCUUGCACUAGACCGUAUCCGCGACGUGUAUAUCUACGCAUCCAACACACUAGUGGCAGAUAGACUGAUCCGAACCUGUCCACCAGAAGCAUCCACGGAAACGCUUUAUGCCCAUAUCUAUAUGUCUGCGUGGAUGCAAAGGAUGUGGACAUAUGAAGAAGCUGUGUUGUCUCGAAACCUCAUCUUCGUCCUAAAGGGUGAUCAUUUCCAUCCUUACAGUCUAAAGACGCGUCCGAGUAUGAUGCGCACAGUGAGCGUAGUCUGGCGGGCCUUGGCGGCAGAACUGAAUCGACUAAGGGCUAAGAAAAGCCGUCUCAACAUUGGCCAUAUCUACCGAGCUUUCCGUUGGCGCCUGACUAACGCGACGCAGGAAGAGUUCCUGAGUGUUGCUGGCAUGCUCGACCUGGACACUCCAAGUUUGAUGAAAGCUGAAGGAGAUGAAAGGACGCGAGACUUCUGGAAAAUGCUAGGAAAUCUUCCAUUGGAUAUUCCCAUUCUCAACGGACCAAAGCUACCGAUUGAAGGAUUCAAAUGGGCUCCGAAAACGAUGAUGUAUCCAAACAAAACGGAGAUCUCUACUGAUGUCAAUGACCAUCAAGCUUAUUGUUACGAGGACGGGUUGAGAGGUACAUACAUGUUCAUUCCUUUUAGUAAAGUCUUGAACGGUUCUCGCGACCGCGCCAAUUCGAUCUUCCUGAUCUGGGUCACGAGAAGCGAGCAGAACAAUCUAGUCGGCGAGGAUCGGAUGAUGUUACGAGUAUAUUGUACUGAAUCCUGGCCUAUGAGUCCUGAUUAUAUGCCUUUCGACAGCCUCAUCAUAGGAGAUCCAAAGCGAACGAUCCCUUCCACAGGAGAGUGGUUUCCGGCUGCGGCUCUCUUGCAAAAGCCUGAUUCCGAAAACACGAUUGCAAGCAACGACAAUGUCGAGCUAAAGUGCGCUUACAUGGGAAGAGUACUCGUGGAGAGGUUGCAAGUUGGAGAGAUUCUUGCUCCAGAGCCGACAGUUAUGUUUGAGGGUUCUGGUUAUGCUAGGGAAGACGCCACGGGUCAGUGGAUGUCAAAAAAGCUUUGUAUCACGUAGAUGUUAAGCAUCAUUCAUUUGCUAGCUCGCAAACAAGGUCGCCCGAGAGGUCCGCAUUAUAAGUUCGAUCGCGCAACAAUAGUGAAUAACCCCUUAGAUCUCGAAAGACGUUGAAUGGAAAGC